AUGGGCAUUGAUCUCGACGACCCAGAGAGGGAAGAGGUAGCCUUGGGCCGGGCGCGAACGAUAGAAAGCCAGCAUAGCCGUACCGUAGGGGUCCCGUUGGCAGACAGUAAAGACGCAUUGCCGCUGCCACAGAUGGGAGCCGGAAAGCCAUAUCCUCCGGCUCUCUUGGACAAAGUUGGCUACAUUGUGGAAUUCGAUGGCGCUGAUGAUCCCAUUCACCCACAAAAUUGGCCAGCGAGAACAAAUGUAAUCUACGCGCCCGACAUUUCAACAAUAGCAGCGGACUAUAAAGUUGCACCGGAAGUUGCCACACUUGGCGUCACGCUGUAUGUCCUAGGAUUUUCAGCAGGACCAGUGCUGUGGGGACCACUCUCUGAAAUCAAGGGGCGGCGGCUGCGUCUCGUCGUUGCCGCUUUCGGGACUGCUAUUUUUCAUUUUGCCGUGGCAGUUUCGAAAGAUCUUCAAAGGAUCAUGAUCAACCGCUUUUUUGCAGGCUUCUUUGGAACUGGUCCUCUCGCUGUGGGUGGCGCUGUGUUUGUGGAUUUAUUUGACAACAAGACGCGCAGUAUUGCUACUCAGUAUCUCUCUGGCAUCCUUGCCUCUGCGGCCGCCGUGCUGAACUUCGUAGUAUACGAAACUUAUCCGCCCAUUAUUUUGGCUCGGAAGGCAGCCGAACUGCGUCGCCGAACUGAGAACUGGGCUAUUCACGCGAAGCAGGAGGAAACCGAGGUCGACUUCCACGAGAUGGUUGAACGUAAUUUAAUACGUCCGCUUCGCAUGCUUGUGGUCGAACCCAUUGUCCUGCUAAUAAGUCUCUAUUCUGCGUUUAUUUAUGGCCUACUUUAUCUGUUUCUAACUGCAUAUCCCAUCAUUUUCCAGGGAGUAUACGGUAUGAGGCCGGGUAUCAGCAGCCUUCCCGAGCUAGGCGCUGUGCUGGGUUGCAUUUUAACAGGCGUCAUAAUGGUUUUGAGGGCACCAGCCUAUCGGCGCAAACUUGAAGUAAAUAACAAUAUGCCCAUACCAGAGUGGCGACUGCCUGAGGCUAUGGUUGGAGCGUCUGGCUAUCGUAAAGAAGUCCACUGGAUCGUUCCGACAAUCGGUGGUGUUGUGACAGGCCUUCGUAUCUCAAUGGUCUUUCUACAAGCUUUCAAUUAUCUCAUUGACGCUUACUUGAUGCUUGCGGCGUCGGCCCCAGCAGCCAAUACCUUUUUGCGGUCGUUAUUUGGCGCCAUUUUCCCUCUUUUCGCUUCUUAUAUGUUUAAAGGGAUGGGGAUACAAUGGACAAUGACGUUAAUUGGGUGUGUCGCCGCUCUACUGGCACCUGUGCCCGUCAUUUUCUACAUCAAAGGCGCGCAGAUUCGAAAAGUGAGCAAAUAUACGCCCAAGUUCCUCCCUCCAACAGCCACACCGAGACCCAAUAAAGAAGGGGUUUAA